AUGGCGGACGAUCAUCAUGCAUCUGAAUGCACCAGUGUUGAGCAGAGAGGAACGAGCGGUGCAGCGCGGAGCGGACGCUGCUCGGCACGAACCUGGCUCUGGCAGUGGUACCUGUCACGGCACGGCAGCUGCUCGCUCUGCGACCGGCCACUGAGCGCCGCCAGCGGAACGAACAAGGUAACAAUGCGGCAACAGCAGCAGCAGCACGGGCAACUGCACCGCACACCGCGAUACCCCUCUCCCCCGCCAGCACUUAUCGUC